AUGAUGGAGUUAAAAGCACAAUUAACGGCGGAUGGUUUUGCUGAUAAAACGGUUCUGAAAUGUCCGAAAGGUACUAGGGAUUUUGAUCCGAAGGCAAUGGCAAUCCGCGAUAGUAUUCUGAAUAAAAUAGUGCAAUGCUUUAAAAGACACGGUGCAGAAACGAUUGAUACACCUGUAUUCGAACUAAAGGAUGUUUUACUGGGAAAAUAUGGCGAAGAAGGUGGGAAAUUAAUAUUUGAUCUAGCAGAUCAAGGAGGAGAAGCACUUAGUUUACGUUACGAUCUUACGGUGCCAUUUGCUCGUUAUCUUGCAAUGAAUAAAAUAACAAAUUUGAAAAGAUACCAUAUUGCUAAGGACUUUGAUAUCGCUGGUCAAUAUGAUUUAAUGAUUCCUGAAGCAGAAUGUUUGAGAAUCGUAGACGAAGUAUUGAAUUCAUUGAAAUUAGGCGACUUUGAAAUUAAGGUGAACCACCGUUUAUUGCUUGAGGGCAUGUUUGUUGCCAGUGGUAUUGACUUAUCUUUGUUCAAAACAGUUUGCUCUUCAAUAGAUAAAUUAGAUAAACUACCUUGGGAAAACGUUCGCUAUGAACUUAUUAACGAAAAAUAUAUUGAUUCGGAAGCUGUUGAUAAACUUGAACAGUUUGUGCGUAUGCGAGAAUUGAAUAGAGAAUUAUCAAAUAUGGGCUUACUGGAAAAAUUUCUUAGUUCUAGUGGAAUCAGAGACAAUAAUUCUGCUAAAACUGCUAUUAAUGAGAUGAAAUUAUUGCUGAAUUACUGUGAACUAUUUGGAGCAAACAAAAAUAUUACUAUUGAACCAUCAUUAGCUCGGGGCCUUGAUUAUUAUACAGGCGUAAUAUAUGAAGCUGUAAUCAAAGCAUUCUCUCAUUCUUUAAACGCCUCUCAGAAAGUAUUUGGCAGUGAGGAUGAUGAAAUUAUUACGGUUGGAUCAGUUGCAGCUGGUGGUCGCUAUGAUUAUUUAGUUGGAAUGUUCUAUCCAAAAAAAAAGAAUAUACCAUGUGUAGGUGUAUCGUUUGGUGUUGAACGAUUGUUUAGCAUAAAAGCAAUGAAGGCUCAGGUUGAUGGAGCUUCUAUUCGUACGUCGGAAACCGAAGUUUUUGUUGCAUCAGCUCAAAAGAAUUUAUUAAAAGAUCGUAUGCGAUUAUGCAAACUUUUAUGGGACAAUGAUGUAAAGGCUGAAAUGUCAUAUAAGUCGAACCCAAAAAUGCUUAAUCAGUUGCAAUACUGUGAAGAGCGCAAAAUUCCGUUAGUUAUCAUAAUAGGCGAAUUUGAAUUGGAGAAUGGGAUUGUUAAAAUUCGUGAUGUUAAAACCAGAGAAGAAACAGUAUGUUUUGAAUUUAUUGAAUUUCAAGAAUUGUGCGAUAAAUUUUCACUAUUAUCCACUAAGCUAAAUAAAUCUUCCUUAAUUUCUUGA